CCAAGAGGUUCCCUCUUAGCAUGCGGUUAAGCUUGCAGAGGAGCUAUGUGUCUUUAGCCUUGGUAGGUUUUCAGCCUCGCCCUGAUUUUGCUUCUGACUCCCCUCUUAAAAAAAAAAAAAAUUAUUUUUCUUUUCCUUUUUUCUUAAAGAAAACAUAUCUUGGAAUCUCAGAGUACUUACAAAGCCUUCAAAAACAUCUUUAAAAAGAAUUUCCCCCCAGGGCUGGCCCAAAUUUUCAAAGUGAUCCUUUAGUCUUUGAUGAAAUAUUUAUAUUCAGCCUCGAUACUUAUGAAAUACAGCAUAUCUGUACUAUGAUGAAGUUUUUUUUCAGUAAGAGGAUGAGGUUUAGCUAUAUCUUUAAGAAUAGGAUUUUCUUUGUUUAUUGAUGAAUUCGUUUUUCAUUCUUAGAUUAAGAAGGAUCCAACUAAUUUUAGGAGUAACAUUUCUAAGAACUGCAAAUAAAACCUGAUUUUUCUUGCAUAAUUUGAUGUUGUUUCAGACAGUUUUAUCCAUGGAUGAGGUAUGUAAUAUGAAACCUAAUACAUAGGUACAUUUAUUACACAAGGGGGUAAGUUUUCUUUUUCUGUGUUUCUCAUGGGUGAAGAAAACCCUAUAUACUCACACCCUAUGCCUCUGGCCACUUCAGUCUGUUCUUGUUUGUCUUUUCCACUCAACAGUGUGUACAUCUGAUGUCAGCUGCAAAUCAGAGGUGCUGAUGAAAAGUACCUUUAUUUUGUGAAGUACUGCAAAGGCAGAAGAACUCCUGUGGAAGAUGGAACCCUUUGUCCAUUUUCCAGAAUGUGUUUCCAAGCCCAUCAGUGGAACCUGAUACUGCUGUUCUGUGUUGAAAUGCUUGAAGAACACACACAUCUUUGCCUGCACCCUCCGUCUUCCUGAAACCAUGGUCUUCUCAGCAGUGUUGACUGCGUCCCAUACUGGGUUAUCCAACACAACAUUUGUGGUCUAUGAAAACUCCCACAUGAAUAUCACGGCCCCUCCACUGUUCCAGCCUCCCACCGUUGGUCCACUGCUUAGAUACAGUUUUGAAACCAUGGCUCCCACUGGUUUCAGUUCCUUGACAGUGAAUAGCACAGGUGUGCCCGCAACACCAGCUGUUUUCAAGAGUCUGAGCUUGCCUCUUCAGAUCAUCCUUUCUGCUAUCAUGAUAUUUAUUCUGUCUGUGUCUUUUCUCGGGAACUUGGUUGUUUGCCUCAUGGUUUACCAAAAAGCUGCCAUGCGAUCUGCAAUUAAUAUCCUCCUUGCCAGCCUGGCUUUUGCAGACAUGUUGCUUGCAGUACUGAACAUGCCCUUUGCUCUGGUAACUAUUCUUACUACCAGAUGGAUUUUUGGGAAAUUCUUCUGUAGAGUUUCAGCUAUGUUUUUCUGGUUGUUUGUGAUAGAGGGAGUUGCCAUCCUACUCAUAAUUAGCAUUGAUAGAUUCCUUAUUAUAGUCCAGAGGCAGGAUAAGCUAAAUCCAUAUAGGGCUAAGGUUCUGAUUGCAGUUUCUUGGGCAACUUCUUUUUGUGUAGCUUUUCCUUUGGCUGUAGGAAACCCUGACCUGCAGAUACCUUCCCGAGCCCCCCAGUGUGUAUUUGGGUACACAACCAAUCCUGGUUACCAGGCCUAUGUGAUUUUGAUUUCUCUCAUUUCUUUCUUCAUACCUUUCCUGGUGAUACUGUAUUCAUUUAUGGGCAUACUCAACACCCUCCGGCACAAUGCCUUGAGGAUCCAUAGCUACCCAGAAGGUAUAUGCCUAAGCCAGGCCAGCAAACUGGGUCUCAUGAGUCUACAGAGACCCUUCCAGAUGAGCAUAGACAUGGGCUUUAAGACACGUGCCUUCACCACCAUUUUGAUUCUUUUUGCUGUUUUCAUUGUCUGCUGGGCUCCAUUCACCACUUAUAGCCUUGUGGCAACAUUCAGUAAGCACUUUUACUAUAAGCACAACUUUUUUGAGAUAAGCACCUGGCUACUCUGGCUCUCCUACCUCAAGUCUGCAUUGAACCCACUGAUCUACUACUGGAGGAUUAAGAAAUUCCAUGACGCCUGCCUGGACAUGAUGCCGAAGUCCUUCAAGUUUCUGCCACAGCUCCCUGGUCACACAAGGCGAAGGAUACGUCCCAGUGCUGUCUAUGUGUGUGGGGAACAUCGGACGGUGGUGUGAAUAUUGGAGCUGUCUGUCAUUUUGGGUGAUGAUUGUUCUUGACUUUGAACUUUGCUCACAUGGCUUCUCCACUUAAACUUUGUUUUUUUAUAGAUUGUGUGUGUGUGUGAGUGUGUGUGUGCAGUGUAAAGAAAGAAUGGUAAUUUGUUAUAGUCCUGUUACCAAGGAUACAAAAUAGGAAAGUUAACAUAAAUGUUACCUUCAGGGUUCAAGAAAAAUCCUUGAUUUAGAUUGGGGAGAUUGUUUUGUUUUAUUGACAGAUUUUAUUUUUGUGGCAGGAAUCAGGAUUGUGCUCUAUUGAGCCUGCAGUUAUCUUAAAUUGUUAGUGUUUUGUUUGCUGCUAAGGAAUGCUUAGUUGAAUUUAUCAAUUCUUUUUUUUCUGGACAACACUGCUGCUUCUUGCCAUUACAUUGGAGCCAAAAACCCAUACAUCUCAGUUGAUAAAUAUUUAGUUUUAUUUUUAAAAAUAACCCAAGGAGGUUAGUGACAUUUUAAAAGUCAUUACUAUUUACUUUGGUGCACUUUAAGAAACAAUGAACAGAUUAAUUCAGUCAUAUUUUUCAGAAUUGUUUUUGUACAUGACAUGUUUGCUUCAGGAAAUGUGCACUGUCAUUUCUAGGAAGAUGGUUUUUUAAAAAAUGUUUUAUCUGCAUGUACAGUUUUGAAAGAGAGAACAUAAAAAUGUAGAAAAUUUUCAAAGCACAAUAGCAACUCUUUGGAGCAAUAGGGAACAAUUGAGGCAACAGAGCCCCUUGCAGAUUCAAAGGGGAAUGCACUUGGGGGGAGAUGGCUGGUGCAGGCUGUGGUAAUUCCUUUUACUCAAGGAUUCUCACCAAGCUUACUAGGGAGUAUUACCACAUUUACGGGCACCUACUAUUUGCCAGGCGCUGUGCAUCAUUUUAUCCUCAUGGCAUUCUGUAAGGUAGAUGUUAUUUUUAACUUCUUACAGAUGAAGAAAGCAUGACUUGGACUAUAAUCCUGUGCAAGGUUAGUGGUAAAGCUGGGAUCCAAACAUCUGCUGAGAUCCUGAGACUGUACUGUUUUGCUGUACCAUACAGACACUUUAUUCAACUUAAAUGUUUCAUAGUCAUGAAGGAACUAUGCAUAUCCUUUACAUUUUUUUUAAAACCAAGAUGUUUUCUUUAAAAAUAGCUUCAUUUUUUUAAUUACCAAGAGAAAUAUGAAACAGAAAGUCUGGAAAGUAGAAAAGGAAACAUAAAAUCACUUACAGAUCUUAAAAAUCUAAAGAUAAAAAUAAAUAUGAAAAUAAGUCAAUAAGGUGACUUUUUGAUAUGUAAAUAAAUAACCAACAAUUAUUGAACAAUUAAAUACAGAUGUAUGUAGGCCUUGCCCUUGUGGGUUUGGAGGUUUCCAGUAGUCCAGCUGUAUUAGUUCUAAGUGUUCCAUGCAAAACAGUUUUAAUGCCCAGUGCUUUUCUCCUAAGCAGAGCUAGACUUUGUGAAUGUACCCAGAGGUGUAUCUACCACAAAGAAGGAAGAUAAAUCCUUAUCUGAGCCUAGAGCAGGUUUUAAUAGGGAAGAUCUGUGGGCUUCAAAUUAUUUUUCUCUUGCUGACUAUCUGUCUCCUCAGGUGCAUGCAGGGCCUUCGGUCACCUCCUGUUACCACUGGCAUACUUUAUAACAGCCAACUGGGAUGGAACUACAGACUUAGGCCAUAAGGGAUGAAAAUGUGGCCUCCUGGCUAUAUCAUGGGAUAACUUGGUAAUUUAACCAUGGAUUUAUAACAUCUUUUCAGAAUUUUAGUGCUUCGUAAGCCAUUGGAAAAAAAAUCAGCCUGUUUCUUCAAUUGUAAAACCAGAGUUGGAUUAGGUGAAUCUGUAAGGUCUUAUCCAACUUCAAUGUGCUUUUCCUUCAUAUGAGACUAUAGCUAUUUGAAGAGCCCAGCUGAUGUCAGCAUCACUUUUUGGUAUCCAGUAUUACUUCUUUACAUUUUACUUCAUCAGUUAUUUCUUAAAAAUGAAUGUCUUAAAAGCUGGUGAUUUGGCAUCAGGAAUUAGGAUGUUGGGAAACUCUGCUCAGCAAUUACAACGGUGUUGGAAUUCACUGUCCAGUUAAAGAACUCUUUUGGAAGUCAAGUAUAUUAUUCAGCAUGUUGUGGGGUCAUCUUCAGAUGAUAGUCACCUACCUCUUUAAUUUCUAACUUAUAUUAACCACAGAUAAAAUUGUUUUUGUCCAUGGGGUUCCUUAGGACAUAAAUACUGCAGUAGAUACUAGUAGCAUGUUGAUGUGUAUUUUACUUUCCAUUGUCAACAUAAACUGGAUUUCAAACAGAUAUCAUUAGUAAAGAUAUUUGAGAUUCAGCUUUCUCUCAGGAAAGUCGACAUGAUCUGUAUUCAUCUUACAUAUUGGUAGGUCUUGAGAUUUUGUAGAUGGAGUUGACUGGGCUUUGUUUUUUCUUCUUGUUUGAUGAGCAGGCUGUAAGUGCUUUUGUGCUGCUGAGUGGGCAGUGCCUCCCUUGCUGAGAGCUCAGGAGAGCCUGCUCAGAUGCUCAUUGUUACUGAGAGAAGACUGUGAGGGGCCUUUGUAAGAAUUCAGCAACAACAAUGCCGUUCUCUUUACACUGGAUAAUCUUGAUCAGAUGACAGUUUACAAAUCACUUUGAAAAUAUAUUAUGUAUACAUUUUGAAAGCUUUAAAAAAAAGUACUAUGGUGCACCUUCAAUAAAUUUAGGUGCAAAAUUGCUUGUUGCUUAUUCCCCCAUAUUUUCUUGAGGGGAGGAAAACCACUACUACUUAUCACUGCUGACUGACAUAAUCAGAUAUGAUGCUGUUUUCUUUUCCUUCUGGCUAAUAAAUAGGAAGUAUGAAAGAGAUAAUUAAAUAGUGUGGUCAAAAGGAAAAGUCAAGGGAAAUCACAAAUAGUCUUUGGUAGUGAUAUUUUAAACUUCAAAGUGUUUAAAUAUUUCUAAGCAAGAGGACCAGUACAGAUUCUUGGCUCACAGAGGAUCUGUAUUUGAGCCCAGGAAUGUACAUUUUUGUUAUAUUGAACAUAUUGUGUGAUUGUGGUUCAAGUGGUCCCUAGGGCACACUUCCAAAAAACACUCCUGUAUAAAUAUACUUUAAAUAUUGUCUGUUUUAUCUCAAAACAAUUGUUUUGUGUUGGAAACUGUUAUCUCCUAGUGCAUGGGUAAUCCACAUUGAGAGGAAAAUCUAUGUCUGUGUGCCUGAUUGGCCGCCAAGUGUGUUAGUGUGGAUCUUGCCAGUGUUAGCUUUACUUUCUUCUUUUUUUAAAAAAAAUAAUAAUUUAUUUAUUUUAAUUAGGUAUAUAUGACAACAGAAUGCAUUUGAUUCAUUUUACACAAUUGCACCACAACUUUUCAUUUCUGUGGUUGUACAUGAUAUAGUGUUGCACCAUAUAUAUGGUCAUACAUGUACCUAGAGUAAUGAUGUUCAUCUCAUUCCACCAUCUUUCCUGCCCCCAUAAACCCUCCCACUACUCCCUCACCUUUGCCCAAUCAUAUUAUAUGUUCCACAGUAGAGCAAGAAGAGUGACUUAAUAAUUGAAAGUCAUGACUUUCAGAAGUCUAAUUACUCUAGUACUUUUUCUCCUAGAGACACCUCUCUCUAGGAUAUUUCUUUAUGUAUGUAAUUUCCUGAAAAAUGUGAGAGAAAUGUAAAAAUUCAUCUAAUUCCUGUUGCUCUGCUUAUGCCAGUUGUAUUCAAUGGAAGCAUGAAGUAAAAUAAAAUAACCUUUUUGAUCUAUGUAUUUCUGUUGCUUACAAAGAUAUUUAAUUUAAUUUUUUGAACUUUGCUUUUGUUUACAUGAAAAUACUUAUGUAUAUAUUACAGAAAAAGUUUCUCUUGCUUGACAUUUUAUUCUACCACAAUUUUUAGUUUAAGUUUAAAGAACUGCUAGGUGUAAAUUUAUUUUUAAAGCUAUAGUCUUGUUAAAAAUGCCUUCCUUGAAAACUCAGUUUUUAUAAUAACUAAAUAAAAAUAUCAAAGCACAUGUUUGUUAUUGCAAGUAAAUGGUAAUAAAUUUCUUAGAUACCUACUGGUACUAGUCCUUUGUAAUUAAAAAUAAUUUAUUUUACAAUAAUACCUAACAUAUGUGGAAGAAAAAAAAACUUUGAAUUUUCGGUUGUAAUAUUUAAAUAUCAAAAAGUCUGGUUAUUUGUGCAUAUUCUUAUUACCCUCAAGAAAGGAACUCCCAAUGAGAAAAUGAAUAAAUGUUUAACAUUUCUAGAGUGGAGUUUUUUUUUUUUUUAAAGGACUUCAUUUCAU